AUGCCCCCCUCCCGCAUCAUCCGCAUCCCGCGGACCGACGAGGAUGGCGCCUUCAUCCUCGGCGAAGUCACGCCGUCUGGGUCUAGCGGGAAACCGCUGAACCUCAAGUUUAUCGCCACCGAAGGCGAAGAGCCAUAUGUGGUCAAGUUACGCCACGACCGCAUCGCAGACCUACGCUCCACAACCAGCACUUGCUCCCCCGACGAAUGGGAGCGCAUCCUCAAGACCCUUUUUCUCAACGAACCCCCAAUGGAGGGCAUCGAAUUCGGCGCAGAAGCCCAUACCGGCCGCUCACUCACCAUCACCCUUUUCGACUGGUGUAUCUCAGCCCUCUCUGACCGCGAAACUCUCCAGUCAUCUCUCACUUCGGCCAACGCACAACUUGUGGACCUCGAAUCCCGCAUCUCGUCUCUGCGAGCCCAGCUCGAGGAGCUGGUGGAGGCAAAAAAGGCCCGGGAGAAUGAGUUACUUGAAAAGUUUUGCGUGUUGUUGAAUGAGAAGAAGGUCAAGAUCCGCGAGCAGCAGCGGUUACUUGCUAGUGCGAACCCUCCGUCGGGAGAGGGGAGGUUGGCUGCUGCUAGAGCGUCGUUUAGAAGGAUAGAAUCCCCCGUUAAGGGGAGAAGGCCGGGACCGUCAAGAAAAGCGAAGAGGAAGGCGUUGGAGGAUGCCUCUGGGGGAGGGACUUCUGAUGGAGAAGACGGGGAGGAGGGUUUUGAGACGAUGGCUAAGCCUGUAGGGAGGAGGGGCGUUGCCAGGCCUGUGUCUGUGGCCUCAACGCCUUCGGAAGAGGAUGAUGAUGAGGGGGAUAGGAUGGAUGUUGAUCCCCCGUUGAGGGCAUCUCAGGCUAGGAAGAGGGGGAGUGCCGAGUCGGACGAGGAUCGGCAUACCACUGAUCACGAGAAUGAGGAGGGUGAGCAGACGGCUGAUAGUGCUGAUGAAGACCAUCUUGUUAAGGGGAAGGCUAAGGGUAAGGCUGUUGAGAAGGAGGUGGAGGAUGCGACGGAUAGUGAACUGGAGGAUGACCCUUCUCCUCCUUCGCCGCCCCGAACAAGGAAGCAACAACAACAACAGCAGCAGCAGCAGCAGCAGAAGAAGAAGAAGAAGAAGAAGAAGAAUAAGCCCGAACCGUCUAAACCUGCUACUCAAACGAGUACUACCUUGCAGGAUGAAGACGACCCAACAAGUACAGGAAGCGAGGGAGAAGACGAAUCAGCUCCUGUCCUCCCGAGGAGGUCGGAGCCGCUAUCGAGGCCGAGCGCCAGUCGGGCAGCACCGGCGCCAAGUUCUUCGCAGAUCACGAAGAAUGUGGAGGUGUUUCCGAGGAGGACUUUACGGAGUGCAGGACCGGUGCCGGAGGAGAGUGAGACUGAAUCAGAUGAUGAGCUGUAG